AACCGGUGAUCGAAGAGAUCAGCAUCAGCGAAAUAAGGGUUUCUUUAAGAGUGUCUUUGAACCGAGGAGGAACGAGGAAACUCGAUACAAUCGACUGGAUCAUUACGCGAAGGAGAAAACCCAACCGAAUUCAGAUGAGAAGCAAGAUUUCCGAGAGGAAAAGAAUCCCAAAGGAUCGAUCGGCGAUUUCUUCAAUAAUUCUGUGUCAAAAUUGACAAAUGAGUUUACAGGCAGUCAAGGUGAUCGAGGCAUGCCCGGUUCAACAGGGAAUACCGAAAUGCAGGUACAAAUUGUCGAAACAGAAGUCACCGAGCGGGAAACGACAAGAAACUUUGCGGCUCGAUUGAGAUUGUCAAAAGUCACCGCGAGACGACAAGGGGAUCACCAAGAUGAGAUCACCUCAAAUGAAAUGGAUGAGACAGAAUACCGACCAAAAAGUCGAUUCGGUCAUGAUUCGGAUCAAACUGGAGGCUCUCGUGAAAAGUAUCGACAUGAUGAUGUGAGAGGAGAUUAUCAGAGGGACGAUCACGGCAGGCGUUACGCAUUCCCCCACAGAGACGGUCAUUACGAAAGGAGGUCGUAUGAACCCAGGGACAGGAAUUUCGGAAAGAGAGAUGAUCAGAUGGGCACAAGGGGAAGGAGAAUGUUGGAAAACAUAACGCGAGAUCUUAAUCGGAUGGAACGUGAGAGGGAAACGCUUGGUGACCGCGACAUUCUAACAUGGGGCAAGUAUCCAUCGAAAAAACAGGAGAUGGAUCAGAGACGAGAUAAUCCUUUGACAAAAAAAAACCUCUACAAACAUCCGUGGCCCAAUCUAUAUAAGCGCCUUCACGGUGUCCAAGAUAAGACCAUCAUGCACUUUGAGAAUCUCCGAAAAUCCAAGCAAUAUAGGUGGGAACAAAAGAAAAUUAUGGUUCAAGGAGAAGCAAAAAUUCUGGAUUUGAUAAAGAAGGGAUUUCAGGUCAAGAGUCUCGUGGUAACGGCCCCGUACAAGCCCAAAACCAGAUAUGAGAUUCAACCACCGGCUCUGGAUUAUCUCGAAAAACCUCCUUCCAUAAUGGCCGAGAAUUAUUACCUCAUGAGCAUCGAUAUGGUGCGUAAGAUUUUGGGAAGUGCGGCCAGGCCCGAAAAACAUGAACUUGUCGCAGAAUUUCCUUUUCCCACAGUGGAGUUUCCAUCGGAAGCCGAACUUGACAGAUUAUUGAUCUUGGAAAAUGUGAACGACGCGUCUGACCUCGGAAUGUUGAUUCGUUCUGCAAAAGCAUUGGGUUGGAAAGGGAUCUACCUGAUAAAUAAAAGUGGUGAUGUGUACAAUGAUUUUGUGCAAAGGACCUCUGAUUUCCACAGCCUGACAUUACCUUACAUUUAUGGAACUCUUGAGGAAUUGCAGGAAUUUCUGGCCACCAACGAGAUGAUGAUCAUUUAUGCGAAAAAGCCAACAACGGAAAUUUCCUCGGGGCCUCAAUUUAUUCGGAAAUCGGACAUGAUAAUUACAAGUGAGCAAACAGAUCAAGACGAUGUGGUUGAAACUCGAUUAAAGUUUUGGUAUUCUCGUGAGAAGGACCAAGAGAUUCGAUUUCCAUCACGCUUUGCACUCUUCUUGAGUGACGCUUAUACGCCUACGUCGCUCCCGGAAGUUCUGAAAGUUGGCGUAGACGCGUCAAACAUGAGCAUCCCGUCUACCGGUAGUUUAUUAAUGUGGGAGCUCAAUCGCAUAAUGGAAAAUUUUAACGAUUCACCGAAACAAAAUUGA